GAUGAAGCUCCUGGUUCUUGCUGUGUUUGCCCUGUUUUAUGUGGCCCACUGUGAGGAAGGGGCCCGGCUACUGGCCUCCAAAUCUCUAUUAAACAGAUAUGCUGUGGAGGGCAAGGAUUUGACUCUGCAGUACAACAUCUACAAUGUUGGCUCCAGUGCUGCUUUAGAUGUGGAGCUGUCGGAUGAUUCUUUUCCCCCGGAGGAUUUUGGCAUCGUCUCUGGGAUGCUCAAUGUCAAGUGGGACAGGAUCGCUCCAGCUAGUAAUGUGUCCCACACCGUGGUUCUGCGGCCUCUCAAAGCUGGCUACUUCAACUUCACUUCUGCUACCAUCACGUACCUGGCACAGGAGGGCGGACAGGUUGUGGUUGGUUUCACUAGUGCUCCUGGGCAAGGAGGAAUUCUGGCUCAGCGUGAGUUUGACAGGAGAUUUUCCCCUCAUUUUCUGGACUGGGCAGCUUUUGGCGUGAUGACCCUGCCUUCCAUUGGGAUCCCGCUGCUGCUGUGGUACUCGAGCAAGAGAAAGUACGACACUCCCAAGACCAAAAAGAACUGAGCAAAGCCAAAUGCCACCAGCACCCCAGAGCUCAGGAGAGAACAAACAUUUACCCACCAAGAACAGCAGGUGUGUUUGGAUCAGCAACAACCAACCCUUCAAAGCACCAGCUGGCCUAAGCUUUGCCCUGUGAGCAACGGGGAGUCACCAGUCAUUUCAAUGGCAGUGAUGUGUUGCCUUCUCCCUUUAAAAAACAAAUAAACCAACCACAACCAAAUCCCCUUGUCAGCAUAUCCGGAGCAGACAGUCACCGUGCUCUGUUGCAGAUAAGUGCCAAUGCAGCUCUGAUACGGACGUGUUAACAGGCAGAGGAGCUUGUUUGUGGGGGUACAGCUCUGCAGCAUUUCUGGCAUCUCUGCUGCCUUCCAGACUCCUUUCAGCCAAGUGGAUCUCGGCCUGCCACAGUCGUCUUGGACCCCCUAAAGUCUGCGCCAGCAUCGGAUCCCUCUUCCAAGUGCUGCGCGCUGCCCACCUUGCAGAAACGCUUGUGGGAAGAAGCUCCAUCUAGUGACAGUAGCGGACCUCCUUUCUACAGAGGCUCGUUAGAGCUGCUGCUUUGCUAGGUGGGGCAUGGGAGGCCAGCAGUGAUGCUUGUUCUCUAGGAAGCCCCGUUGCAUUUCAGUGAGCAGUUAAUUGCCGUGUUUCUGUUUUUCUGGUCGCUCUGUUGAGGGUUGAGGUGUGUUGAGGUACUGAGAGUUUUGUAAUAAAAUGAACACC